AUGAUGUAUGCUUGCUCUUGGAAUGUGAGAGGUCUCAAUGACCCUCUGAAAAUAAAGGAGGUAAAAUCAUUUUUAGUUGUUAACAAGCUGAAUAUCUUUGCUUUAACUGAAACUAGAGUGAAGUUAGCUAAUAAAGAUAGGAUACGAAAGAAGUUUGGAGGUAGUUGGCAAUGGGGGGAUAAUUAUAGUCAUAGUUCUAAGGGUAGAAUAUGGCUUGCAUGGAAACAUGCCCUGAUUCAGGUGGAGAUUCUGUUUACUACUGAACAGGUUAUUCAUGCUUUGAAUACUGAUAAGAAUAGUCAGUAUAAAAUGUUGUUCACUGCUAUUUAUGGAUUACAUAAUAUUGAAGACAGGAAACCACUAUGGACUACUCUUCAGAACAUUACACAUAAUCUGGAGUGGAUUAUAAUGGGGGAUUUUAACUCGGUGCUAGAAAGUGAUGAUAGAAUUAAUGGCAAUCCAGUGACUAAUGCUGAAACUGAAGAUUUCAGACAUAUGCUGGAUAAAACAGAUUUGAUGGUGGUGAAAGGUAUAGGGGGUACCUAUACUUGGUCUAAUAAGAGAGAAGGGGUGGAUAGAAUUUUCAGCCGGAUUGACAGAUGUCUUUGUAAUGCCACAUGGUUUGCCCAGCACACUCAUACAGUAGUGGAGAUCAAGAACCAAUCAGUUUCUGAUCAUCAUCCCCUACUGGUUCAUUUAAAUCAGCAACAUCAUCAUGCUGUUUCAGAAGCUUGGAGGCAAAAGGGAGCUGCUAGUAGUCUAGAUGAUAUUUGGCUGAAAUUGAAAGAUGUUAGUAAGGCUCUUAAACAGUUACAGAUAACUCACUAUGCUAAUGUGAGUGAGAAGAUUGGAGAAUGUAGAGAUCAUCUUGACAGAAUUCAAACACAAAUCAGUAGUGAUCAUUUCAAUGCAGAGUUGCAUAGACAGGAGCAACAAUGUAUUGUUUCUCUUAAAAAGUGGCUUCAUGUUGAAGAGAGCAUAUACAAGCAGAAGUCUCGGAUUCAGUGGCUUCAAGAAGGUGACUCUAAUAGCAAAGUCUUCUUUGCUGCUAUGAAGGAAAGACAAGCAAGGAAUUCCAUUGAUGUCUUAUACACAAGCAUAGGGGAGAAGCUUGAUAAAAUUGCUGAUAUUCAAAAGGAAUUGAAUCAUUUCUAUAGCAAUUUGAUGGGACUUGUGCUGAAGAGAUUCCUGGCUCUUUUUAGUAUUGAUGCAGACAAAGCACCUGGUAUGGAUGGCUUUAAUGCUAAGUUCUACACUGAAACUUGGCACACAAUUAAGCCAGAUAUAUAUGUUGCAGUUCUCAACUUCUUUGAUACUGGUAAUAUCAACCCUCAGGUGAAUACAACCUCUAUCACUCUGAUUUCUAAGGUUUCUACACCAACAUAUGCAAGUGAUUAUAGACCAAUAGCAGGUUGCACUGUGCUAAAAUAA